CCUCCGCCGUCACGUGCCGGGGGCGCGCACCGGGUGCACGAUGGUGGCGGCGGGGCCCGGCGACGGCGGCGGCAGCAGCAGCAGCAGCGGGUAGAAAAUGGCGGAUUUCGAGGAGCUGCGGAAUAUGGUAUCAAGUUUUCGUGUUUCUGAACUACAAGUAUUGUUGGGGUUUGCUGGACGUAAUAAAAGUGGGCGGAAACAUGACCUCCUGAUGAGAGCACUGCACUUACUGAAGAGCGGCUGCAGCCCAGCAGUUCAGAUAAAAAUCAAAGAACUCUACAGACGUAGGUACCCAAGGACAAUUGAAGGUCUUCCGGAUUCAUCGGCUAUAAGACCUGCUGUUUUCAGUCUGGAUAGCAGUACCUCUGUCGAGCCUGAGCUGGGUGCUGCCGCCAUUCACCCGCUCCCUUCUACUUCAGUUGCAUCUCAGUCUCCUUCCUCACCUGUCAGUCCUGUGCUCCUCCGAAACACUAAAUCCCACAUGCAGCGGCCAUCCUCUCCGAUUCCACCUGUUCAUCCCGACGUCCAGCUGAAAAGCCUACCUUUUUACGAUGUGCUCGAUGUGCUCAUAAAACCUACAAGUCUGGUACACAGCAGUAUUCAGAGGUUCCAAGAGAAGUUUUUCAUCUUUGCUUUAACACCUCAGCAGGUCAGAGAGAUCUGUCUUUCCAGGGACUUCAUGCCAGCGGGCAGGAGAGAUUACACAGUCCAAGUUCAGCUAAGGUUUUGUCUAGCAGAGACAAGCUGCCCUCAAGAAGAUAAUUACCCUAGUAGUUUGUGUAUUAAAGUAAAUGGGAAGCUGUUUCCAUUGCUGGGAUAUGCUCCACCACCAAAAAACGGGAUUGAACAGAAGCGACCUGGACGUCCCUUGAACAUAACAUCUCUAGUUAGGCUCUCAUCAGCUGUGCCAAACCAGAUUUCCAUUUCCUGGGCUUCUGAAAUUGGGAAGAAUUACUCCAUGUCUGUAUAUCUUGUCCGCCAGCUCACUUCAGCAAUGCUGUUGCAGAGACUAAAAAUUAAAGGCAUCAGGAACCCUGAUCAUUCCAGAGCACUAAUUAAAGAAAAAUUAACUGCGGACCCCGAUAGUGAGAUUGCCACCACCAGUCUGCGUGUGUCUCUGAUGUGUCCUCUGGGAAAAAUGAGACUGACAAUCCCAUGUCGGGCUGUUACUUGCACUCAUCUGCAAUGUUUUGAUGCUGCUCUUUAUCUUCAAAUGAAUGAGAAGAAACCCACCUGGAUCUGCCCUGUCUGUGACAAAAAGGCAGCCUAUGAGAGCCUGAUCUUGGAUGGGCUCUUCAUGGAAAUCCUUAAUGAGUGUUCUGAUGUGGACGAGAUUAAAUUCCAAGAAGAUGGCUCUUGGUGCCCCAUGAGGCCAAAGACGGAUGGUGUGAAAGUCUCAGGUCCACAGUGCACUAACAUAGACAGUUCCAGUGUUGUUAGCAAACAGUGUUCUGCGACAAUUGCCAGUGAGGCAAACAAGAAGCAAGCUGAUGUUAUUGACUUGACAAAAGAAAGCUCUUCUGAUGAAGACGAUGCUCCUCCCAAAAGGAAGUGCGCUUAUAAGUCCGGAUCACGUGGAAGCCAAGCCAGAGGGGUGCUCAUGUACCAGCCAUCUACGGUCAGAGUGCCCAGCGUGACAACGGUGAAUACUGCUGCUAUUCCUCCUUCAUUAACAGACUGUCCGGUACCAUUCCAUCAUCCACGAAUUUCCAAUAUUUCAUCAGAUCUGCCAAGUUUGGAUUUUCUUUCGCUUAUGCCAGUAGAUUCUCAGUACUGUCGUCCUAUGUUUUUGGAUACUCUUUCCUCAACCUUAACAAGCAGCACACCUGGCAGCAUCAUCACAUCGACCAGUCACCACGACAGCAGCACGCAGGUUAGCUCUUCCAGCAGGAGCGAGGAAGGAGUGAUAACCAGUGCUCCUGACAUCAUCUCGCUGGAUUGAGGCAAGGAACAGCAUGCUGGACUGUGGGAUGGAUGCACUGCACAGAGCUGCUGCUGCUGCUCUCUCUCUCUCUCUGGAACUUCAGCACCUGGCAGGUUACUCUGAUAUUUAUUGAAAGGAUUUGCCUUGUGGGGAAUGGAAUAAAUUCACCUCCAUUAGGACCAUAAGUGAUAGAUCUUUUCUUAGUUUUCCUGUUGCCCACUGAAUAGUUGGUAUAGAAAAGGUACCUUCUGAUCAUGCUUUCAUGCUUCUGGCUUGUUCUGGGGAAACUGAUGACUUGUUGCUGGGUGGAUUUAACAAAUGUUUUUCAAUUUUGUUGUAAAAGACAGCAAUAAUGUAAAAACAAACAUUUUUUAAUAUAUAUAUGAAAAGGCACUUAACCACUCUGUAACAACCACCAUGACCUGGACUUAAGUGCACAAGUGUAUGUGUUAGUGAACUUCUAGUAUUUUCACUGGCCCCUGUAAUAAAUUUCAGACAGUGGAGCUCUGUGAAAUAGCCAUGCCUUGAAUUGUAUGUCUCUUGUUCCUGGCUUCCCCCUUAACUUGGGGAUAUAGGGGAAGCCUCUGUAAAAGAGAUUUGUUUCUCCUUUUUUGCUCCUGAUUCCAUGUUUUUCAUAAAAGUAAUAAAAUCCUAAGCUGUG